UCAAGUCAUAACUUUUUUGUUGCACAGGCAGAACCCUACUAGCAGGCAAGUGCUGGUCCACAAUAACAUUAACAGUGUAUGGAAUUCCAACUACCGUAACACUCGUGGAUUGGCAGUCAUCGUGCACGGCUGGAACAGCGACGGCAAUCAUCGGAUGAACCCUCUCAUCAGGGAUGCCUUCCUCGCUGUGGCUGACGUCAACGUCAUUGUGGUCGACUGGGGAAUGCUCGCUAACGAGGGCUACACCACCGCCAUGUCUGGAGUCCCCAGCGUUGGACAACAUCUAGGCAACUUCCUCGUUUGGCUGAUCAACAACGCCGGAGGCAACUGGAACAACGUGCACUUGGUCGGCUUCAGCUUGGGCGCUCACGCCGUCGGCAAUGCUGGUCGCCAGGCUGGUGGCAGACCCUCGAGAGUCACUGGUAAUAUUCAUGAUAUCAGUAUUAUAAAAAGCUAA